AUGCAGGAGCUUCUCGUGUUUCUAUCAUCGAUUGCCCAAGAACAAAAAGUAACUAGAAUUUAUUUAGACGUGGCCUAUAUGCCUCAGUGUAUGGUUCUGGUAUUUGGUAACCUGAAUUUGAUCAUAAGGGUUCUCUUCUUGUUUUCCCUUAUGAUCCAAUUCAGGUUACCAAAUACCGGAGCCAUACACUCAGUCUUUUCAAGUAUUAAGUCGUUGCUGAGCAUCGUUUUCGUCCUCGGAUGUUCGUUUUUUUUUUCCCUGGAAGCGGGAUGAUGGCUGGACCUCUAGUAGUUCUAGAGCAGUUAGACCUGCUUCUCCCUUAUCUAGAACGAAGCUGAGAAUGUCAAAGUAUAUUUUUCAAGAGUUGAUGGUCUAAGCCUACGGAGGAGACUUGUUAUUAUAAUCAGACUUAACACUAAUUGUAUUGGAGAAAGUUUCAAAAAAAAUAGCAUUAAUAUCUGCAUUUUCAUCGCCACAUGGGUCACUAUGAUGAUCAAGAUUUAGGAUUGAGCUAAUACCAAAUGAAGAUGCUGUUACUGCACUAGCAAGCGCUUUCACACAGGGCAUUCUGAAAUGUUUCUUAGAAACAGUUUCUACAUGUUUCUAAUAUGCAUCAUUCUACUUAUCCUCUUCUCUGGAAGAUUGAUGUCAAUGUUCCUCCCGCAGAUGGACCUACAAUGACUGAGGCGACGC